AUGUUACUGUUGGAUUGCAACACAGAGGUAAUGCUUGGAAAGCCUUUGUUUUUAAUGUGUUUUUAGAUUUCUAGAUGUUAACAUUGCCGGUUAAACUCACAGACAUUUAAGAUCAAUGAGAAGUCACACUUCUACAACGCAGCAAAUGCUUCAUCAUUUUCAUCAUAAUUUAUUGGGAACCUUGGUUUUUGCUACUGAGGGGGGUGGUAAAUCACACCUAGGAACAAUAAAUGUUUCAAACAUUUAUCUGACUUGUAGGCUGAUGGGCAGAGCCACCUUCUGGAAGCUGGGACUGAAGUGAAUUUAGCUGCUGAUGGAUUUUGUCAGUCCCCAGCUCAUCUGGCUGCUUGUGGAGGACAUGCUUUCUUCCUACUUUGGCAACAGCAGACAGGAGCCAAUCUGAACCAACAGGUAUAAGUUAUGUUUUCUAUUUUUCAGGAAGGCAGUCCGGUUCCAACAGACCUCAUCCUCUUAAACAAUAGCUGUCCAUUCUAGUGUAACACUUAACACUACGAACAAGGUUGAUGCAAAGCUAGAUAUGCUAGAAUAGUUUUGAUAGUACUUCGGUUUAGCAUAUACUAGGUGCCAUUGUAUAGCAAAAUGUAAAAAAUCACUAUUUGGGGAGAGAGUAAGUUUGGUUACAAUGCACAUAUUUUCCCAGUGGGGCCCAAUCCAGAGAACUGUGGGCUGUACGUCUAAUUCUGUUGCAGGAGUUGGUCUUGGUUUGUGAAUUGUGCCCUUAAAGAUAAGGAUUUUUGGAUUGGAGAUUGUGGCAAUUUUAAGUAGUACAGCACUACGCUAGAGAUCCCCACCACUUUUAUAGUAACUGAUUACACCAUUAUGUAUGGCUGUGCUUACAAAAGGAAACCUCUCUGUUUAUUCAGGACUGGCUUGGGGAAGCUCCAAUUCACAAGGCAGCUAAAGUUGGGAGUUUGGAGUGUCUCACUUUGCUGGUUGCCAGUCAUGCUGACAUUGAGUAAGUGUACAAAUUCAAUUACUAAUCACAUAAUGUAUCCAAACAAAGCUAUGGCGUUUAUAUUGAGGAAAUGUGAAUGGAGAUUUGAAUAUGAAUCCUAAAGUUAGCAACAACAACAAAAAUAUAACUGAUCUCUUUAGUUUUGGGAAACAAUGCAAGGAGAGGGGAAUUAUUACAGUGGAGUUAUUUUGAUUAAUUAAAAUAUGCUGUACAAGUUCGAAUUGCAGUUUAAUUUAUGAAUAAUCACUUGCAUACAACUUUUACAAUGGCCUUUGAGGCAAGUUUGGUAAAGGAUGGAACUUUAGGUCCAAAUAUACUUUAGUUAGAUAUACUUAAGUCUUACUGAAAUCAAGGGGGCUUAAAAUUAGCUAUGCCUAAAUUGUCAUGUUGAUUUCAACAUAACAAUCAUGACCUUUAGUUAGAUCAGAGCCAUGUAGCUCUAUCUUACACAUUUAGCCAGAAGUAGGUCCUAUUGGAUUCAAUGUAAUUUACUCCCCCAAAACAAUGCACAGGAUUCCCAACUAAACUCAUUGAGACCCACUUUUGGGUAUUUACGGAAUUGCACCGUUAAAAGUGUUUUUUAAAUUCAUAAUAGUUCACUUAACGCUUGUUAUUUUGCAUUACUUUAUCAAUAAUAAUAAUCAUCAUCAUUCAGUCAAAUGUAUUUAUUUUGUUUUAAUUCUCUUUUCUUAGCUUGUGCAAUAAGAAUGGUGAAACAGCAGAAGACCUUGCAUGGGCUUUUGGAUUUUUGGACUGUGCACAGUUCCUCAGGAAAAUGAAACACAUUCAAAACAGGAAAGCAAUAACACAGCUUAGUUACUCUCUGCAUGAUGACAGCUUGCUUAAAGACACAGAGGCAAGACAGAAACGAGCAUAUGAAAGCAAGAGAUCCAUAAGCGAGAAGAGGAGGAGAUCAAAUGGUAUGGCACUAAGCUUUCACUAGACAACAGAUACACGGCAGCUUCUUCAAAGCACAAUGUUUUAUCUGACGCAACUUCUAUCUGAUAAAAGAUGUAUCAAACAGGCACAGUGAAAAUUGACAUAUUCAUUUGUAUAGUAGGCUAGCUUACACACCCACACCCACACCCACCUAACCUGGCAAGCAAGAAACCAGAAUUCAAGGGCAUGUUCCAGCCAUGCAAAACCACUCAAGUGGGGGGUGGAGAUGAAGCACAGCUGGUGUGAUGUGUGGCCUGGAGAGAGCCCCAGGACCAGACAGGAAGGCCUGGAAAGCCACAUUUGACCCCUGAGCCCAAGGUUUCUCACCCACCCCUGCCCUAGGACACUUCAAUCACAGUAGUGCAAGUACAAAAUAUAUUUCAGAUACUGUUAGUUAUGCAACCUAAUCCUGAACAGGCUUACUCAGAAGCAAGCCCACUCGAUUUUAGUGGAAAUUCCUAGUAAGAGUGUUUAGUAUUACUGUCCCAGUCUAGGAACCCUAUCCGUCCUCCUUAAACAGCACCCAUUUAAUAUUACCUCCUCCAAUGUGAGGAAUACAGAUUGCACACUUAUAUAACAUUAUAUAGAGUGUCAUUUCCUCACCACACAGCAAUAUGCACUUAGAAUUAAGGAGAAGGGCUCCUUCCAGGACAGGUAACAGGUAUUUCACGUAUCUGCCUAGGCCUUCUCAACUCUCUUUUAAAGGCUACUGCAGCCUCUCUUGACAUUUUGAGAACACAGCCCCAAACAAUUUAAAAAAAUGUUUACAGUUCAUAGCCAUAUUAUUGCGCUCUUAUGCUGGUACUGUAUACCUGGUCAUCUCCACUCAUUUUAAUUGGAUGAUUUGUUCUGUGUGUUCAGGUAUUGCUUUUUUUUUGUUUUGUUAAAGUUCUGAAGGGAUUUUUUUUAAUUUAAAAAUUCUCUAUGGUCAUUAUGUUGACUGCUUAUGUAAGUUGGAAAACUGACACAAAAUGUUCUAAACAGAAAAGAAAGCUGUAACAACCCUGUCAUGGUGAAUCUGUAUGCAAGGGGUAGGGGGAGAGCACCUACGCUGCCAAAGGCAGUGGGAAUAAGCAACUACCUCCCACAAAACUGAUUUCUAAGACUGAGAUAUGCCAAGCUGAAACCGAGUGCUAUGUAUAGGUUAGCAAAUGUUUAAUUCAGAUGCACGAUUUAUAUAUGAAAUACAAAUCUUCUCUUUGCAUUUAAAUAGAAUAA